CCGUCUCCACUACCUCUUCCCCUUCCGGUCCUCGAGGACGCUGCCGCCAGUCUUGGGCCCUGCUCCAUCCUUGAUAGUGGCAGGCGGCAGUAGUCAUGGCGAUGUUUGAGCAGAUGAGAGCGAACGUGGGCAAGUUGCUCAAGGGUAUCGACAGGUACAACCCUGAGAACCUGGCCACCCUGGAGCGCUAUGUGGAGACACAGGCCAAGGAGAAUGCCUAUGACCUGGAAGCCAACCUGGCUGUGCUGAAACUGUACCAGUUCAACCCAGCCUUCUUUCAGACCACAGUCACUGCCCAGAUCCUGCUGAAAAAAAACCUCACCAACCUGCCCCACACCGACUUCACCCUGUGCAAGUGUAUGAUCGACCAGGCACAUCAAGAAGAGCGGCCCAUCCGACAGAUUUUGUACCUUGGGGACCUGCUGGAGACCUGCCACUUCCAGGCCUUCUGGCAAGCCCUGGAUGAAAACAUGGACCUCUUAGAAGGUAUUACUGGCUUUGAAGACUCUGUUCGAAAAUUCAUCUGCCAUGUCGUGGGCAUCACUUACCAGCACAUCGACCGCUGGCUGCUGGCCGAGAUGCUGGGGGAUCUGACAGACAGCCAGCUGAAGGUGUGGAUGAGCAAAUACGGCUGGAGCGCUGAUGAGUCAGGGCAGAUCUUCAUCUGCAGCCAGGAAGAGAGCAUUAAGCCCAAGAACAUCGUGGAGAAGAUCGACUUUGACAGUGUGUCCAGCAUCAUGGCCUCCUCCCAGUGACUGCCAGUGCUAAUAAAGACGGGUAUGA